GUUCGAGUAGACGAACGCAUGUUCAUCAAGCAACGUUUACAUGCUAAGUAGGUACCUCAUUGAAACUCAAUGAUCAUUUCCAAAGGUUGAUACUUCGCAACAUAUUUCUCAACUGUACAGAUUUAGGGAGUACGUCUAAACAUGUUAUGUAUAUAAAGACAUAAAUGUGCACUUGCUCUAUCACUGAAUAAUCACAAUUCAUCCAAGUGACAACCACAAUCAGAGAUCGUACAAAAUGUUCAAAUUGACAAUCAUCGCUUUGGCCGUGUUCUCCUACGGAGUGUUAGCUACCCCGGAACCUGAAGCUAAGGCAGAGGCGAAACCCGGUGUCUUGGCGGCAGCACCACUUGUAGCAGCAGCACCGGCAGUAGCACCAGCUGUAGUAGCGGCAACCAGUUCCCAAACUUUCAUCAGGAACAAUAACGCACUAGCCGCACCUUUAGUUGCUGCCCCUGUUGCAGCAGCUGCCUCCUAUGUGGCUGCACCAGGAGCUCCCUUAUUAGCUUCCCCCUACGUCUCUGCCUACGCUUCUCCUUACUUCGCCGCUCCUUAUCUCAUCUAAGUUUUGAAUAAAUUUUCCAUGAAUAAAGACGCAUUGAAGUGACAUGUUCUUUUUCAAUUCACCUU